UAAAAAAAACACAAAGAGCACCUAAUGCUCGGGAGCUGAUUUGAUCGAUGCGUAAUUAGCCUAGGCGUGUGCGUACAAUUGUCUUAAGAAUGUAUUAAUGCUGUUUUUUAAUUCCCGGAGGGGAGGAGCUGCUUCUUUUUCCUUUUUUGUUUGUUGUUUUGAGGUUCUGCCUCGAUUGUCCCAGGCUCCCGUGGUUUCUGAGAACCCUUUGAGCUUACGUGUCGUCUCCAUUCAUUUCCCACAGGACAACCUCAGCGAACUCAAGGAUUCCGCAGUUAAGCACUACAUUAACCACGCCGCUCCGGCAUUGUCCAAAAGUAAGGAGAGAGAAGUAGACAAGAAAGAUUUGGACAAAUCAAGGGAAAGAUCCCGAGAAAGAGAAAAGAAAGAUGAAAAGGAAAGGAAAGACCGAAAAAGGGAUCACUCGAACAAUGACCGCGAAGUUCCCCAAGAUUCAACCAAGCGUCGGAAAGAGGAAAACGGAACAA